AUACUCCCCUCUAUUUCUGUACGAAAUAAAUUUUACUUCCGGAAAGAAAGAGUAGAGCUGGUUUUUUCUCUCUUUCAUUUCAUUCUUACUAUUUGUCUCGCCCAUUUUCUUUCCGAUUCCUGGAAAGGAAAAUAAUAAUAAAGAAAAAACACAUCAAAAUGGACGUGGCUGGAGUAAAGCGGGGUUUGAGAUCGAUAUCGAAAUCGAUGUUGCUGAUGAUGUUUAAUAUCUUAUUAGCUUUAGUGUUUGUUUCGGCGGAAAGAGGCAUGAAAAUGGAAGUUUCGAGGUCUAAUGGAACUGAUAGCUCUGAAUCCAACUUUUUAUUUAGAGCCGUGAAUUUCUUAUGGCAGUCAAAUGCAUCUGGUUAUCAUCAUGUCUGGCCGGAAAUGAAAUUUGGGUGGCGAAUUGUUCUGGGUUCUGUAAUUGGAUUUUUUGGUGCCGCGUUUGGAAGUGUAGGUGGAGUUGGCGGUGGUGGCAUUUUUGUCCCUAUGCUUAGCCUUAUUAUUGGCUUUGAUGCAAAAUCUGCAACAGCUAUUUCCAAAUGUAUGAUCAUGGGUGCAGCUGCCUCAACUGUUUACUAUAACCUUAAGCUAAGGCAUCCAACUCUUGCUAUGCCCAUUAUUGACUAUGAUUUGGCAUUGCUCAUACAACCGAUGCUCAUGCUGGGAAUUAGUAUUGGUGUUGCUUUCAAUGUGAUCUUUGCUGAUUGGAUGGUCACUGUUUUGCUUAUCAUUCUUUUUAUAGGCACAUCUACAAAGGCAUUUUUUAAGGGUGUUGAAACAUGGAAAAAGGAAACCAUAAUGAAGAAGGAGGCUGCUAAGCGUUCGGAAUCAGAAGGUAUUAAUGGUGGGGAUGCAGAGUACAAGGCUCUUCCUGCUGGGCCUAGCAAUGACUCAGAGAAGAACAAUGACGAAGUAGAGGUCACAGUUCUUGAGAAUGUGUAUUGGAAGGAACUUGGACUUCUAGUUUUUGUCUGGGUAGCAUUCCUUGGACUACAAAUCGGCAAGAAAUAUACAUCUACUUGUUCAAUAGCAUAUUGGGUAAUCAACUUAAUGCAGAUCCCAAUUUCUGUUGGAGUAUCAAUGUACGAGGCUGUUAGCCUAUACAAGGGACGGAGAAUAAUUGCAUCAAAGGGAGAGGAGGGAACAAAUUGGCGAGUGCACCAGCUGGUCCUCUAUUGUGCUUGUGGGGUACUUGCAGGAGUAGUUGGCGGUUUGCUUGGGCUUGGUGGAGGGUUUAUCAUGGGUCCAAUGUUUUUGGAGAUGGGAAUUCCCCCUCAGGUCUCGAGUGCAACAGCAACAUUUGCAAUGACGUUCUCCUCAUCUAUGUCUGUUGUAGAGUAUUACCUUCUAAAACGUUUCCCGGUUCCUUAUGCUUCUUACUUUGUUGCUGUGGCUACUGUUGCGGCCUUCAUAGGACAGCAUGUUGUAAGAAAGCUAAUUAUUUUGUUUGGAAGGGCAUCGUUGAUCAUCUUCAUUCUAGCCUUUACAAUAUUUGUCAGUGCAAUCUCAUUGGGUGGGGUUGGAAUCUCAAACAUGGUCGAAAAGAUUGCACAGCACAAAUACAUGGGCUUCGAAAACCUCUGCAAGUACGAAAUUUAGCUUUCUCAUUUUGUUUUUGGAUUCUUACAAAAUUCGUUGCAGCAUUUCACAAGGCUGCAAGUGUACCUUAAAACUUUGUAACAAAUCCUGGGCUCGGCAGGAGCAGAGAUGAGUAAUAUUUGCUUUUUUUUUUCCUCUUAUUUUGUUACUCAUGUAAUUUUCAUUUGAAAUUUUGGGUGUAACAAUGUUGCCUAGAUUACAAAUGAGAAGAUAAAACCUUUCAACAAUUUUGUUAUUUGGUGUUUCGUUUUGUUUUUUCUCCAUCUAUUUUGCUACUUUUACAAGCAUUAGACCAGCCCUCUGUGUAACCUGAAUGAAAUCUUUAAUUAUGUAUUCCAACCCAACCAGGGAAGAUUUGGUUGGCUUGACAAGUCA